CAACAUCCACACAAACUAACCAAAAAGACUGACAAUGGAGGAGCAUUGACAAGUCCCGGAAUAGCCAAGCCAAAGCACGAGGUCCCUCCCUCCAAAGUUCAAACCAGGCCCAUCCUUGCAAAGCAUGAGGCCUCAGGUGCUGCUCGUCGCGUUCGCUGUCCUCGCAGCACUGCCCCUCGCCCACAGCCAAGUGGCGAACCCAUGGCCGUCCUGCGACAACUGUGACUCGUGCACCAAGUCCAACUCUCCGGGGUGCACGCGUUGGAAUUACUUAAGCUCCUGGGUUUUUUACCGUCGACCAAGUGCAAGAGCUGUGUCAUGUCCGCCAUCAGGCCACAACAGCUUCCAGUGCACAAACCGCAUCAACGAUUUCUGCGAGAGCUGCUGCACGCCGGCUGCUCAGAGCUUUAGCUCCCUUUGCAUCUGGAUUGAUCCCGAGAAGAAAUGAACGUUACAAUAAGCGCACAAGAGCAUAGUCUAUGCUCAAAAUCUUCAGUUGAACCUUUUGUGUAGUUUGUUAAAAAAUAUCAAUCCCUAUGUAAGUUUGGUUUUAAAAGUUUCAGUAUCGUAUUCACAGAGAAGAUAAUUGGUCAUGAAAUGAACUAUGGAUUUUUGGAGAUGA